UUUCCACAAUAAAAACAGUGUUAAUGCCAAAGUAGUAUUCCUGUAAACAUAAAAUAAGUAAACAUAAUAAAUUUGUUGGCGCUUUAGUAAUAAUGUCUAGAGAACAUAUUACCAAGGAGUGCCCAAACUAUGCAACGAAAAAGGAAUGGCAGCGCUGGUGUCGCUUAUGCGGCAAAUAUGAUGGCCACUAUUUCGAUAUUUUCAUUGAGGGACUACAACCAACCUCUUCUCAGCAACACCUUGACGAUGUUAUAAACAAAUUCUUUCAUAUUCAAAUAAAACCAAGUGACGAGCUUCCAGUAUUAUUGUGUGCAGAAUGCUACACUUUCAUCAACUACAUGAAAAAUUUUGCGGAUCAUGUUUCAAAGGUGCAAGCAAUGUAUCAAGAGUUGCUAGAUUCAGCUAACACUACAAUUACUGAUAUCAAAUACAUAUAUGAGAAAUAUGGCAUAUUCAAGUUGGAACCUUAUGUGCAGCACACUUUGGCUGAAACGGUUAAUCAUAUAGCGCCAACUGCAAUCGAGCAAAUAUUCGUAACGGAUGUGCCAGUAUUAAAAAUUAAAGAUGAAGAAGUGGAAGAGACGCCGGCAAUAGUAAAAAAUCUCGAAGCUGAAAUCAAAGUAGAAUUUGAAGAUCCCUUCGCACGAAAUGCCUCAAGAAAUGUGCAAGCACAUGCUGAAACAAGUGAGGACAGUGACAGUAGUGCUAGUAAUAGCCACACUUUUUCUUCUGACACUGAAUAUCGUGUAGCGGAAAAGAAAACGGUACAUAUGCAGAGAACAAAUCCUAAAGUGAGUUCAAAUAGUACUACUGCCUACGAUAAUGACCAAAACGAGGGCAGUUACGUCUGUGAUAUCUGCAGCCAGCGUUUUGUUCAAUACAGAAAUUAUGUGUGGCAUAUGAAGAAUAAACACGGAACAGAAACACCACACCAAUGUAAGAGCUGUUCAAGUUUCUUCAAAUACAAAAAGGAGUUGCAACGACAUUUUAGAAAAAUGCACGCUCCGAAGAUUUAUCCCUGUCCACAUUGUGAGCGAAAAUUUAAAAGAGCCAAAGAUGCCGAAAAUCACAUCAAAGCAGAGCACGAAGGUGAAGGUUCACUUAUUUGUGAAGAGUGCGGCGAAAGUGUGCGGACGAAAGAGAAGCUGCUGGAACAUAUGGCCAUACACACAGGCCGUGGCGCAUUCGAGUGUAAAGAAUGCGGCAAAUGCUUUGCGCGAAAAUUCUAUUUGAAGAGACACGCGGAAAUUCAUGGUGAUAAACACGUUUGUGGUGAAUGUGGCUUGGAACUGACGACGUCCAAAGCACUGAAAUUACACAGUAGAGUGCAUUCGAAUGAAAUGCCGUAUAAAUGUGAUUAUUGUGGACGCAGAUUUAAACGGACAAAAAAUUUGAAAGGUCACCUAAUAACGCACACUGGUCUCAAGCCAUUUUCCUGUGACUUCUGCGAUAAAACAUUUUCGACCGGUUCAAGCUGUCGUUAUCACAAAAAGCACUUGCAUCCAAAGGAGCUAGCCGAAUUAGAGGCGGCAGGAGUGAAGACAUAUACCAAAAAUAUACCCAAAAUAGAAGUAUUGAAAGCAAUCACACAAGCGACUGGAAAAGUGAAGGAGGCAGGUGAUUUUAGUAUAAGUGAUAAGCGCAUAAAACUUCCAAAACUGGACGCGCAUUUAAUUGAUCAGUGAAAUCAAAUGUUUUAAGUUUGAAUUGGAAAUAAAGUUAAUAUUUUACAGUCAAA